AUGGAGCUUCAGUGUUGCUUUGCACUGUGGUAUCAUAUCGCGGUGGGCUUCACUUUCGUCUAUUACGUGAUGCCCGAGGACGAAAUCCCUGAAAGCUGGGUCGUUCGGGGGCUUCUGACCACCCACGGGGUUGCCAAUUGCGCAAUAUGCUCCGAUUGUCAAGAUCUGAGCACGCUCCCAUCACGCCAAGGGCUCUUCCAGGACCCUGUCCGCCGGGCCACCGUGCCCAGGGGUUCCCCAGGUAUCGAGCAACUGGCUUGUUCUAAGUCGUUCAUCCAGAGGAACGUCAAGGAGUUCGAGUCUCGCUUCAGAAAGCAGGACGACAUUCAUCUCAUGCUCCUGUUUCUACUGGUAUCCGCCCUGGCAUGA